AGCGGCAGCUGAUAGCUGUUUAAACAGAUAACUGUUGGCGCUCGCCCGAAAUUUCUUGAAUAUGUUCCGAUCUGGCUCACGUUCACUCAUUGUUGGUACGUCGGCGUUAUCGCGGCAGCAGUCGGCGUUGGCUAGCAUUUUUUUCUCAAAGUAUUCCCCAGAAAAAAGUGUAUGAGUUGCCUAUUAAUCCAAAAAACUCAAUACUGCCCGGAUAAUAAUAAUAGUAAUAAUAAUAAUAAUAAUUCCAUGGAGCUGCAAGAAGGCAAGAAGCACAUCCUGGCGGUGGCGUAUCCGGCGUACGGACACACCACGCCGCUACUGGAAUUAUGCCGGAAGUUGUCCCGCUACCACCACGUCACCUUCGCCGUCUCGCGCUUCACCGCCGACCGCAUGCGGCAGCGCGAGUUCACGGCGUUGGGCGAGGACGAGCCGGUCGUCCUCUUCCCCAUCGACGACGGCGUGGCGUCCGACGCGACGGUCAACGUGGAGGAGUGGGAGGCGGCGCACGACAUGGCCGUCAAGCACAUCCUCCCCGGCGCCCAAAACCUCAUGGUGGAGGUGGCCGCGCUUACUCAGAAUGGCCAGGACAACGGCCUGCACCGCCCGGUGGACGUGGUCAUCUUCGACAUGUUCCUAGCCCCGCCCAUCAUGGCGGAGCGGGUCCCCGGCGUCCUGUACUACUACUUCAACACGCCGCCGGCCUACUUCCUGCGCUACCUGCUCUUGCUGAAGGACGUCACCGAGACGAUCCCGUUCGAGGAGCAGGACUUCUUCCAGGACCUGCCGCCCGCGGGGGAGCCCCUGGGUCCGCAGUCGCAGAUGCUGCUGGACGAGAUGGGCGUCCUGGGGAAGUACCUCCCGGAAGUGGACGGGGUGGUGUGCAAUUCGUACCGCGCGGUGGACCGGGAGGAUAUCGCGGUGCUGGAGGAAAAGGGAGAGAUUAAGGGGAAGAUUUAUUGCGUCGGGCCGUUUAUUCCGCCGGUGAACAACACCACCGGAAGUGAGACGGACGCGGCGAUCUUCCGCUGGUUGGACACGCAGAAGCCGCAUUCGGUGCUGUAUAUUUCGUUUGGCUCGAUGGCCGUGCCCACGGAACCGCAGCUGCAGGAGAUCGCGCGGGCGUUGCUCGACCUGGGCGUGGCAUUUAUUUGGUCGCUACGCAAAGGUCACGAGGAGAAACUGCCGACGGAGAUGCGCGAGCAGAUGGCCAACGCCACCGAGGAGCAGCGGCAUUUCUGGAUCGUGCCGUGGGCGCCGCAGAAGGCCAUCCUCAGUCACCGUGCGACGGGCGCGUAUUUAUCGCACUGCGGCUGGAACAGCGCGCUGGAGAGCAUGAGCGCCGGCGUGCCAGUUUUAUCCUGGCCGCUGUUCGCCGACCAGCGCAGCAUCGGGCAGCUGCUGGUGAAGCGCGGCGCGGCGCUGAUGCUGAGCAACACCGACAUGUUCUUCCGGCACAUCGUGCCGGCCGAAGAGAUCCGCACCGCCAUCGGCACGCUCUUAAUCGAGCCGGCGUACCGCGAUAAUAUGCAGGACAUCCGCCAGGAGAUCGCCGAUGCGCUGGCCGACGACGGCUCGUCCACGCGCGAAUUAAAGGAAUUUGUCCAAUUUAAUGUCUGAUUAUGUUGUUGGCAGCGGUUUAUUAGAAUUUUUCUUACUGGUUAACGGUGGUUCGUAACUUCGUACCAACGAUUAAAAAAGCAUAAAAAUAAGAAAACAAGUCAAAAGAA